GGAAGCGGUGCCGUGGGGGGAAGCGGAAGUAGCGCCGGAAGCGGAAUCGCGGGCGCUGCGCGGCCGGAGGGGCCGGGCCGAGCGGCGAUGCAGCCCUGCAGGCGGUACCGGUCCCCGGAGCGCGACGGCAGCCCGGGCCCGCGCGGCGGGAGGAGGAGGGGCUGCCGGGGCCGCCCGCGCCGCCGGGACCCCGCGCCGAGAUCGCGGUCUAGGAGCCCGGACAGGAUGCCUUACUACAGGAGGUACAGACGAGACAGCGACGCCUACAGAUUUGAAGACCAGAGCCCAUCUUUCGGAGAGGAUUAUUACUCGACCCGCUUGCGAAACUGGCGGCGAUCCAGAGGCAGGGAGCAACGCCGUCCAAAGAAGCAUCAGCAUCACUACUGGAGACGCAGGACCAGGUCUUGUAGCAGUGCUUCCUCGAGAAGCCAACAGAGCAGUAAGCGCAGCAGGAGCGUGGAAGAUGACAAGGAAGGCCACCUGGUGUGCAGGAUCGGCGAUUGGCUUCAAGAGCGAUAUGAAAUUGUUGGCAGCCUUGGCGAAGGCACUUUUGGCAAAGUGGUGGAGUGUGUGGAUCAUGCCAGAGGCAAAUCCCAGGUGGCGCUGAAAAUCAUCAAAAAUGUUGGAAAAUACCGAGAAGCAGCCAGGCUGGAAAUCAACGUCCUGAAAAAAAUCAAAGAGAAGGACAAGGAGAACAAAUUCUUAUGUGUCCUGAUGUCAGACUGGUUCAACUUCCAUGGCCACAUGUGCAUUGCCUUUGAGCUUCUGGGCAAGAACACCUUUGAGUUCUUGAAGGAGAACAACUUCCAGCCAUACCCUCUCCCUCAGAUCCGGCACAUGGCCUACCAGCUCUGCCAUGCCUUGAGAUUUUUACAUGACAACCAGCUGACUCACACUGACCUCAAGCCAGAAAACAUCUUGUUUGUCAACUCGGAUUUUGACACGCUGUACAAUGAGAAAAAGAGCUGUGAGGAGAAAUCCAUCCGGAACACAAGCAUCCGUGUGGCAGACUUCGGAAGUGCCACCUUUGAUCAUGAGCACCACACCACUAUCGUGGCUACCCGGCACUACCGUCCCCCUGAGGUGAUCCUGGAGCUGGGCUGGGCACAGCCGUGCGAUGUCUGGAGCACCGGCUGCAUCCUGUUUGAGUAUUACCGUGGCUUCACGCUCUUCCAGACCCACGAGAACCGUGAGCAUCUCGUCAUGAUGGAAAAAAUCCUCGGGCCAAUUCCGUCUCACAUGAUUCACAGAACUCGGAAGCAAAAAUACUUCCACAAUGGGAACCUGGUAUGGGAUGAGAACACGUCCGAUGGGAGAUACGUCCAGGAGAACUGCAAGCCCCUGCGGACCUACAUGCUGCACGACUCACUGGAGCACGCACAGCUCUUUGAUCUGAUGAGGAGGAUGUUAGAAUUCGACCCUUCCCGCAGGAUCACGUUCUCGGAAGCCCUCUUGCAUCCCUUCUUUGCUGGCCUCUCCGCAGAGGAGAGGAUGCUGUGCGGCCGAGGCGCCAGCCGGGACCUGAGCAGAUGACAGCUGGGAAGGGUGUGAUGCCAAACGGAUCUGUACAUACGGAGCAAUCCGGCCUCCGCAGUCCAGUCCCGCUCGCUCUCUUCUCUCAGAGGGGCUGGGACUCUGCGCUAAGGACCCUGGGCCAGGGAGCGGAAGAAAAGCUACAUCAGAAAGCACAGAUUUGUUCUAUUUAUAUGUUGUAAAGUUAAAAUAAACUUGUUUCUUAUUGUUUGAUACUUCCCUUGUAGGCAGGUGUAGGGUUUGCUUGCUCCCAGUUUUGCCUUUUCUGCAAAGGAAGAUGGAGUUGUUGGAAAAUUAACUGGAAACAAAGCACCAGGAAUCUUUGCUCCAGUAGAGGGUGAGAAGUGAGGGGGAGUGGACUGAACUCUUCCCCGCUGCUCCGAGCGUUGCCGAGCUGCAGGAAGGCUCGCGCGAACAGCAAGUGUCGGGCUCCAGGCUGACAGCAGAGCAAUAAAGUAGCU